AUGAGCUACUCGAUGUAUCAGCAGCCCGCGUUCCCACAGCUCUACCAGCAGUCCACGGCGCAAACAUCUCAGCCGCAGCAGACCCAAUCGCAGCCACAGCAGCAGACUUCCAGCUAUCCGGGCUACGCUGCUCCGCAGCAAGCUGCAUCAACACCAACUCCGCAGGCGCAUUCUGCACCGGGACCAGGUCAGGGUCAAGUCGUGCAGGUGCCGCCGCGCGAGGAGGCAGUGGGCAACGUCGCUCACAUUGCAGUUACCGGCUGCACACACAGUACGGUCGGCGGGAUCGUGCGAGGGAAUUUUACAGCAAACGGGCAGAACCAUGGCAGGCCGACUUACAAGAAAGAUACGCAGGUCAACGGUUUAGACGUUCAGUUGUACUACUGGGAUGACCGGGAUGGCCCAAACUUCUGUGGAUGGUGGUUCGGUCCCAAGGUAGGUGGUGACCAGGUGUGGGCGUACCACCCAAGCAGCUCGGCAGGCACCCCGCCUCGCACAGGCUGGAAGGUGCCUUACGACGGACCUCCAGACCCCACCUUUGUCAUCACUCCGUCGCAGCCACCCAGCCAGGCUGCCCAGGCAGGCGCUACACAGGCACCCGGUCAGGCCCAAGCGGCCCAAACCCAGGCACAAGCCCAGGCGAACCCUCAGGCAUCUCAGCAGCAGGCAGCCCAGGCGCUCCAGCAGCAGUAUGCGGCCUACACACAGCAGCUGCAGCAACAGCAGGCAGCGUAUAUGCAGCAUUAUGCACAGCAAGCCGAGCAGCUCAAGCAGCAGCAGGAACAGAUGCAGCAGCAGAUGCUUGCUGCACAGCAGAAAGCCAUGGCCAUGGCAGCCAUGAAAAGCAAGCAGGAAGAGAUGAAAGCGAAGCAGCAGGCUGAGAUGAAACGAAAGGCCGAGGAGCACCAGAGGAUUAUGGAAGAGCGGAAGAAGCAGGCUGACGAGCAGCGAGCAGCGAUGAAGAUCCGCCAGUACAUGCAGAAGGUGCGACUCUCGACAGAAGAGAACCUGGCCCAGCACCACCAGGAGCUAGCUGAUGUCAUGAAGGAAGAGCUGAUCAAGUGUGGCACGGGCGCGCCGAAGGUCAAGGAGGAGUGCGAUCAGGCGGUCGAGCAAGCGAAAACACGAAUCCAGGCUUGGGACCCGGCUCUUCGUGAGAGUUCGUUGACCGGGAACAGCACAGUCAGCGCGGAAAAGCCUCGUCACAGCGUCACGGCCCCACGGCUGCACGUAGGCGUCGUGGUGGUGCCCCAGCAAAUCGCCUGGGUGGUCGAGCGCCUGGGGCGAUUUCACAAAAUCCUCGAUCCGGGACUCCAUUUCCUGGUGCCGGUGGCGGAUCGAAUCGCCUAUGCCCAUUCCCUCAAAGAGGAGGCGAUUCCCAUCCCCAACCAGCAGGCAAUCACAAAGGACAACGUCACCAUCAGCAUCGACGGGGUCUUAUACCUCAAGGUCGUAGAUGCCUACCAGGCUUCCUAUGGCGUGCAUGACCCGACCUUUGCGGUGACGCAGCUCGCGCAGACCUCCAUGCGCUCAGAGAUUGGCAAGAUGACACUGGAUCGUACCUUCGAAGAGCGGGACGCCAUGAACCACGCCAUCGUGCAGGCCGUGAAUGCUGCCGCACAUUCCUGGGGUAUUGAGGUGCUCCGCUACGAAAUCCGUGACAUCAUUCCGCCGACAUCCAUCAAGCAGGCGAUGGAGAUGGAGGCAGAAGCGGAGCGCCGACGAAGGGCCGAAGUGCUCCAGAGCGAGGGCGACCGCCAGAGUGAGGUGAAUUUGGCGGAGGGGAAGAUGCAGGCGGCCAUGCGCCAGGCCCGAGGUGAUGCAGAAGCAAUUCGGGAGCGCGCCAAGGCCACUGCAGAGGGCAUCCGGAUGAUCAGCUCCGCUAUCGCGGAAUCCAGGAAGGGAGAGCAAGCUGCUUCGCUCCGUGUCGCUGAGCAGUGGGUAUCUGCUUGGAAAGAGAUGGCCAAGAAGUCCAACACCCUCAUCGUGCCUGCGAAUGCCGGCGAUGCCUCUGGCAUGAUCGCCACGGCCACUAGCAUCAUGAAGCAGUUAGGACCGCUUGGCGAGGACUCGCCAGCUGUUACCGAUAUUCCCCCUGCAGAUGGCUCCAAAAGCACCUUCGGAAACGAGUACGUUGAGGGUGGUGACGGUGCCAAGCAGGACUGA